AUGUUCAAAUCCCCAAGCCGCGGCCUCUGGGUCUGCACACAAUGUGUUAGACAAGCUUCCAGUGGCCAACAGCGCCGGUGGAUGGCCGCCGUGUCCCGCGCUGCUUCCUCGAGCCUCCCCGCCGAUCAUGCACCCCCGGGUAGAAAUACUGACGAUGCGAUCCUCCGCGAGCUCUUCGACUCCCCUUCCCGUGCUAUGAAAGCAUUCAAAGCAGAAGGACCCAGCGUUGGCUUGUUCAAGAACCGAUACCUCACCAGCCCGAAUGGCUUCUACAUUUUCGCCCGUCGAAGCUUAGACAAGGCUCAAAGGAUUGUCCACCGAGUCCUUCAUGCGUCGAUUAUAUCUGAAUACCAGGCCAUUGUUAAGGAUCUGGAUCGUCUAAGCGAUCUGCUCUGCAGAGUUCUUGAUCUAUCUGACUUUGUCAGAAUGACGCAUCCUGAUCCGAAGUUUCAACAAGCAGCUGCGGGGGCUUGGUCUCUGGUAUACCAGUAUAUGAACCAGCUAAACACCAUGACUGGGUUGAGUGACCAACUCGUUAAAGCCAUGGAUAAUCCAGACGUUGUUGCAUCUUGGUCAGAGGAGGAAAGAACGGUUGCGGAGAUAUUGAAGUUGGACUUCACCAAGUCAGCUGUCGACCUACCCCAACAAGAACGAGAUCGAUUCGUGGACCUCUCGCAGCAGAUAAGUGAAGUCGGGUCUAUGUUUGUCUCUGACAUGGCUCCCGCAAAGAGAGAAGUCGUGCUGCCAUCCUCGAGUUUUUACGGGUUGUAUCCAGGAAUCGCCCGAGCACUCACAAUGAGGGGCAAGUUGCGCCUCCCUACUACUGGACCUGAAGCCCAGGCCGCGCUCCGAAGCGUCAAGGACGAAAACACGCGGAAAGAAGUUUUUACCGCGAUGCGCACUGCAUCGAAGCAGACUAUCCACUUACUGGAGACUAUGCUGAAGCUUCGAUCAGAGUUGGCGAACCUGGCCGGUUUCUCGAGCUAUGCUCACCUCUCAUUGAAAGACAGGAUGAUGGCCAAGUCUCCCAGCGCGGUGUUGCAGUUUCUUCACGCGCUGCAGAAGUACAACACACCCAUUGUGCAGGAGGAAAUGGCGGACCUCUUAAAGCUGAAGCAGACUCGUCUUGACAGCACUGCUACUCAGGUUCACCCAUGGGACAAGGAUUUCCUUAUGGACGGGGUGCGCGCUGAGAUGAGACUUCCCGUCCGCCACCCUGAUCAUCUUCCAUCCUUCUUCUCGAUCGGAACUGUCAUGCAGGGCAUGUCAAGGCUGUUCACCCGUCUGUAUGGCAUAUCCUUUAAGCCUAGAGAGUCACAGCCAGGUGAGACAUGGCACGAGGACGUCCGACGAUUGGACGUCGUCACUGACACGGGAGAGUUGAUUGCUGUCCUGUAUUGCGACCUGUUUUUCAGAGAGGACAAGUCCCCUAACCCUGCCCACUUUACAGUGCGGUGCUCCCGAGCAAUCGCUCCCUACGAAAUCCAGGAGGCCGCGGAGGACUUGCACAACAACUCGUCUGGCAUGCCCAAGUUUGAUAGGGCAGAGCAAGCUGCCAACGACGGUAUGGAGAGCUUGCAGCAGGAUGGCGUCCUGAUGCAACUGCCUACCAUUGCCCUGGUCUGUGACUUUCCGAAGCAUGAUGCGAGCAGCUCAGCGCCGGCGCUUUUGUCUUACUACCAGGUCGAGACUCUUUUCCAUGAAAUGGGCCAUGCCAUCCACUCCAUCCUCGCUCGUACCAAGUUUCAGAACGUUGCUGGCACCAGAUGCGCAACAGAUUUUGCGGAGCUCCCGUCUACGCUGAUGGAGCACUUCGCUGCCGACCCGUCAGUGCUAGGAUUGUUUGCACGCCACUGGAAGACAGACGAGCCACUUCCCUACCAGAUGGUUGCGGAGAGAAUCCGCCUAGCUAAGCGAUUUGAGGGCGUUGACACUGAGAACCAAAUCCUCCUCUCCCUGCUUGAUCAGGCCUACCAUUCCCCUGAAGUGGCUGAUCCCUCCUUCAACUCGACGACAGUCUACCACAACCUGCAGAAGCAAUACGCUCAGGGUGGACCCGACCCCCCAGGCACCUGCUGGCAGGGCUUCUUCGGUCACCUCCACGGGUACGGCAGCACCUACUACAGCUACGUUUUCGAUCGUGUUCUAGCCGAGCGUGUCUGGAGAGUCGUUUUCUCCGCAGGCGCGGACGGUAAGGCGUUGGAUCGGGCCAACGGCGAGCGGCUCAAGGAGAACCUCUUGAAGUGGGGUGGCAGCCGCGAUCCAUGGCAAUGUCUGGCAGACACGCUGCAAGAUGAUCGCCUCGCCAAGGGUGACGAUAAGGCCAUGGCGCUCGUUGGUAGCUGGGGCAUCAAAGACGAUCACGCUUGA